AUGAUGAUUGAUUUGCAUCCACGGAUCUCCCUCACUAGAGGGAUCACAGCCGACCAAAAGCGACCUUGUGCUUGCCCAGAGACGCAGGUGGAUCCAGGGGAUGGACUCCCUGUUUCUGCUAAGCCAGGACUGACUCAUGACAUUGUAUCCCGCACGUCGGUCCGGCCAAAAGCCUGCAAUCAAGCGACUGCUAGGCGCAAAGGAGGCGGUUUGGAGUCGCCUCCAACAAAUACCUCCACAUGUCCACUCCGGGAGAACGGAAGUUCUCCCCAAAAACUCAUGGGACUAGAGGCUUGCAACCUUCCCAUGGAUUAUAAACUUUAUGCAAAACACAGUAAUAGAAAAGAGUCUCCUGAUUCCGGAGGAAAGCCUGGUACGGAAGCGGCCAUCGAAGAUCUGAUGAUGCAAGCCAGGAAGAUCAAGUACGACGUCAUCGGACUGACCGAGACGAGACGACGUCACCUUCUCAACGCCGUAUAUGAAACUGGAGAAGAACUGUUCUUAGGAACAUGCGACAGUAGAGGUAUUGGUGGAGUUGGCGUCCUCGUCAACACGAGUAUGGCAAAGAACAUCGACUCUGUUGAACAACUUACGACCCGAAUCGGACGUCUGCGGAUGAGAAGAUGUGGUCCAACAUCAGCUUUGACUAUCUUCGUCAUAAUUGGCUAUUUCAACGCCAAAAUUGGCCCAAGAAGAACGCCAGAGGAAGUUCACAUCGGGACCCACGGCCUACAAUGGAACGACCAGGGGGAGAGGCUCUUCGAGUUCAUCACGACGAGUAAGACCAUCCAUGGGAACUCGCAAUUCAAGAAGACGUCCUCUUUACGCUGGACGUGGGAGUCACCCGAUGGAGGGUACCGUAAUGAAAAAUUCCACAUCAUCGUCAGUAAAGGGUUCUGCCUGACGGACGUCGCUGUUGUGCCAAAGUUCUAUACGGGGUCGAACCAUCGCCUCCUCCGAGGAAGAUUUUCCUUCGCAAGGAGUGAAGAGAAAGCCACCAAGUUCAGAGAGAGAAAUCCCAGGACUAUCAUCAGCUGGGAUCUCUUCGCUACGCUGGCCGGCUUUUGGGAAGAUUCUGCAAUGGACAACAUCGACGAGGAAUAUGACCGGCAUGUCGAACACCUUCACGACUGCGCGAAGAAGGCUGAGAGUUUUAAAACCACCAGGAGGCGCCUGUCUCUUGAAACUCUUGAGCUGAUACGCCAGCGUGGAGCAGCACGAGCCGCAGGGAACCAAGAACUCACGUCCGAGCUCGCAAGGCUUUGCAGAGAGGUGAAAAAGGAAUAUCUUAAAGAGAAAAGAGCAGUAUUACUGCCUGAAGCUGCAGAGGCAGGGAAAAGCAUCCGCUAUGCCCGUCGAGACUUCGCAGUCGCAAGACGAGGAUGA